CUGAAGUCCCCGCCCCUGCUGAUCUCAUGCUUUGCCCUGGUAUCGUUUCAUUUUGAACAGCUGCUGGUUGCUCGUGCACUUUCAAUCGCGUUGAGUACUUUAACAGAGAUUAUGUACAUUUGUUCUAGAGACGAAAAUGAAGACUAAAUACCGAGGUUUUUUGAAGGAAGCGUCACAUCAGACAAUCGCCGGAGGUUCCGCGGGUCUUGUGGAAAUUUGCCUGAUGCAUCCCCUCGAUGUGGUGAAAACCAGGUUCCAGAUUCAGAGAGGGAAAGGUGAUGCCAACAGUUACAGGAGUCUUGGCCACUGCUUUAAGACAAUCUUCCAUCAAGAAGGGAUUCUUGGCUUUUACAAAGGAAUCUUACCUCCCAUCCUGGUUGAGACACCUAAAAGGGCUGUGAAGUUUUUGACUUUUGAGCAAUACAAGAAGAUAUUAAGCUAUACUUCACUGCCUACUGGUGUGAUUUUUACAGUGGCUGGUCUUGGAUCUGGACUCACUGAAGCAAUUGUUGUCAACCCUUUUGAAGUAGUCAAGGUCAGCCUACAAGCUCAAAGGAAUUCUUUUUCACAGCAACCAUCUUCUUUUGCUUAUGCACGUGACAUAAUCAAAACUCAGGGUUUGGGACUACGGGGCCUGAACAAGGGUCUGACAGCAACACUAGGUCGGCAUGGUGUAUUUAACAUGAUCUAUUUUGGAUUUUACUUCAACGUGAAGAAUAUUAUUCCAGCAUAUAAGGACCCAUCAAUUGAGUUCUUGAGGAAACUAGGGAUUGGAUUUUUGUCUGGAACAAUUGCUUCAUGUGUCAACAUCCCAUUCGAUGUAGCAAAGAGCAGAAUCCAGGGACCACAGCCCAAGCCAGGAGAAGUUAAAUACAGAACGUGUUUCACCUCUAUGAAGACCAUCUAUAGGGAGGAAGGGUUCUUUGCAUUGUACAAAGGCUUGGUUCCAAAGGUCAUGAGACUAGGGCCAGGUGGUGCUGUUAUGCUCUUGGUUUAUGAAUAUGCAUUUGCAUGGCUUCAGAAAAACUUCUGAGUCAAGCAGAACAAAAUAUAACUAAGACACUUGCAUUUUCUUAAGAAACAUCAUGUUACAUUGUCUCCCAAUAAACCUGUGUAAACAUGAAGAACAUAUUUUUUUUCCGGAGGAAAUUCAUCUAGAUCUGUAUUCAAAGCAGGCAAAAUGAUAUAAUUGUAAAGUAUUCUCUCAUGUCAAUAAAUUAACCUAAAACGAUUAGCAAACACGUACAACAAUUUUUACAUUUCUGAAUAAAACAAAUAUUUUGUAAUUCAUGUUUUUAAUUUAACUAUUUUAUAAAAAUAAAAUGUUUUCUUACAGAUAUAUACAGGUACAACCUAUUGACCAACAUCCUUUUUAUACGAUUUAAAUUUCUGUACAUCAAUCCCGAACUUAUCAGAUUGAAUAGAAAGCUUUAGCGAGCAGAUCUGUGAGAGUAAUGAACUAAUCUCACAACUGAAGCUUGUAGACUUAAUGUAUGUCUUUAAAAAAUGAUUUAUGAUUUAAAUUAUGCUAAGUAUUUUUUUUAACAUCUUCAUGGAGUACAGAUUGUUUGUGUGGCCACCCAUUUACAGUUACAGCCUGAUAUACUGGAUAUAUGCUACCUAACGUACUAAUUACCAUUAAAUGAAUUUUGAUUUUAUAACUUCUUCCACCACCAUUACAGCAACAAAUAAAACUGAUUAUUUACAUGGAUGUAAUCUA